AUGUAAUAUUAAUUAUCUCCACCUGAUAAUCCAAUAUAACCAAAAAACAUCCAUAAAGUAUUUAUCAAGAGCUCCUAAGAAAUAUGGGACAAAUAACAAUCUUAAUAAAAAGCAACAGUAAAAAUGAAUCAUGCAAAUCAAUAAAAGAGCCAAAUCGAUUUAAGAUGA